UGCUGGGGCCGCCUCGCUUUGGGAAAGCGCGGGACUGAUAAAAGUACGGGUCCCGAGAGGUUGUUUGCAGUCUGGGUGUAAAAGCGUGGUGCCAUCUCAGAUAAGAACAGAGCACACUUUUAAACUUUACAGACUAGAGAAAAGAGGGACAAAGUCUAAAAAAAUGAAACCACUUCUGACCAUCUGCUGGCUGCUUAGACGUUUAAACAGAUUUUCUGUAAAACCAAGCCCUCCUGUGAGUUUCUCCACUUCCUCUUAUUUGUGUAGCCAGAAGAAAAAAAACUCGUACGAAACAGUAGACCAAGCGAAGUACUCUCGUUUAGUACGCUCUGUCUUGUCCAGAGGCCCGGUCCAGACUCCAGAUUCAUUGUUCAAAGAAGAUGAUGUACUCUAUGGUCCUGUGAGUAAGUGUAAGGUUCCAGAGCAAGAGCCACAGGCAAGAGUUCCACAACACUGGUUUCCUAUCUUCAAUGAAGAGAGAACCAUGAAACCACACACAGACAGUUCUUCAAAUCCUUUGAAGAUCCCUUUGCAAAGAAACGUGAUACCCAGUGUAACCCGAAUCCUUCAGCAGACCAUGCCACCUGAACAGAGUUUCUUUUUGGAAAGAUGGAAACAGCGGAUGGUUCUGGAGCUGGGAGAAGAUGGAUUUGCAGAAUAUACUUCAAAUGUGUUUUUACAAGGCAAACAGUUCCAUGAAGCCUUGGAAAGCAUACUUUCACCCCAGGAGACCUUAAAAGGGGGAGAAGAGCACCCCCAGUGUGGCUACAUCAAAAGCAUCCAGCAUAUUCUGAAAGAAAUCAGUGGUGUGCAAGCUCUGGAGAGUGCUGUCCAACAUGAGGCCUUGAAGUACGUAGGGCUACUGGACUGCGUGGCUGAGUACCAGGGCAAGUUGUGUGUCAUUGAUUGGAAAACAUCAGAAAAACCAAAACCUUUUAUUCAAAAUACAUACGACAAUCCACUACAAGUCGUGGCGUACAUGGGUGCUGUAAACCACGAUGCCCACUACAGUUUUCAGGUGCAGUGUGGAUUAAUUGUGGUGGCCUAUAAGGAUGGGUCCCCUGCCCACCCUCACUUCAUGGAUGAAGAGCUCUGUUCUAAGUACUGGGCUAAGUGGCUUCUUCGACUAGAAGAAUAUACAGAAAAGCAAAAGAACCAGAACAUUCCAAAGUAGGGGCCAGGGUAUUAAAGAGGAGUGCUGAGAAUCUGAGGGCUACGUUAACACAAGCUGAAGGUAUAGUGGGUCGGGAUGUAUCUGCUGCGAAGCCAGAGAGUGUGGAGGUCAGCCCUUGACUCACCAGCUGCACGACCUCACUGUUUCUCACCUGAGAGGAAGACACUCGGAUUGGCAGCUGCCCUGGGGACUUCUGGACUUCCUUGCAAACCUUGUGUCCCUGGCAGGAUGCCCAGUCUUUGAACUGAGAUCAGAAGGCCUAAUAAAGCAUCAUGUGCCACACAUGUCCCUAGGGUUCUCAGGGAUGGGAGGGUCCCUGCACCCCCAGGGUGUACAGAAGGAGAACAAGCACAUCUGGCAUCACCACUGCACAGUUUCCUAGAAGGUGUUUUAUUCCCUGGGACUCUUGUGUCAUUAGGGGAAACUUCUUAAAUUCAUUCAUAUUGAGUAUUUGGCCUGAGGAAACCUGGCUGCCUAGAGAGCUGGGGCACUUUUCCUUACCAGAGAAGCCUCAACAGUAGGAACGUGAGUGUGGAAGUCACCAUCAUUAGGGUUUGGGUAUCUGUUUCUGGUGUCAGUUAGCAGGCCGUAGACUACAACAGAUACUGUUGGGGAACUUUUUAAGUAGGAGGAGCAAUGAUAGAACUUUUCUGUGUUUGAUAGGUAAUUGGGAGAGGGUUUUCUAUUUUGUAAAGUAAAUCUAGUAGCAUUUAAGUUACAGCUACUGACUUAAAAUUGUAAGUUCUACAGUCAUAUUUAGUUUUCAUUAGUCAUAAAAAAAUAAAAGAUAUUAAACUGA